GAGUCCAAUAAAUAAUAAAGCUUGGCAGCAUUAUUCAACUUUCAUCACCAAAAAAGAAAAGAAAGUUUUUACAAUUAAGCACAACAAUGAAUGAGUUUCUGAUCUCCCCAGCAGCAAACUCUGCUCCUUCUGUUUGUAUUGGGUUGAUCAAAGUAUUUUUCUUUGUUAUUAUUUCCAUACUAUAUGGUCAUAACAAUAACAAUAAUAAUAAUAUGGGCGUUAUUGGUGCAACAAAAGUAAUGACCUUGAACCAAACAGUAGUUCCUGCAUUGUUUGCUUUUGGAGAUUCCAUUAUAGAUCCAGGCAACAAUAACUACCUCAAAACCAUUGUUAAAUGCAAUUUCCCACCUUAUGGGAGAAACUUCAUUGGAGGCAUCCCUACUGGAAGGUUUAGCAAUGGAAGGAUUCCCACAGAUAUUUUAGCUGAUGAAAUACUUAAUAUCAAGAAGCUUUUGCCUGCUUACCUGGAUCCAAGUCUUCAACUUAAAGACCUUCUUACUGGAGUGAGUUUUGCCUCAGGUGGUUCAGGAUAUGAUCCUCUCACAUCUCAAGUAGUGUCUGUGUUAUCAUUAUCAGAUCAAUUAGAGAUGUUUAAAGAUGUGAUAAGAAAGAUAAAGGCAGGAGUUGGAGAAAGCAGAGCAGGGAUGAUAGUAUCGAAAAGCAUAUUCUUAAUUUGUUUAGGGAGUGAUGACAUUGCCAAUACUUAUCUCACUACCCCAUUCAGACAGCCUCAUUAUGAUAUUCCUGCAUAUACCGAUCUCAUGGCUGAAUCAGCCUCAAGUUUCAUACAGGAUCUGUACAAGGAAGGAGCAAGAAGAAUAGGAGUAGUGAGUAUACCUCCAAUCGGGUGUGUGCCAUCCCAGAGAACACUGAGUGGAGACAUAUCAAGAGGAUGUAAUGAGCAAGGCAACCAAGCAGCAAUUCUCUUCAACUCCAAGCUCUCUUCCUUAUUGACUUCACUCAAUAACAAACUUCCACAAGCAACACUUCUCUACCUUGAUAUUUAUAAUCCAUUGCUUACUCUCAUCCAAAACCCUGCUACUUAUGGACUUGAAGUGGCGAAUAAGGGGUGUUGUGGGACAGGGAAUAUAGAGGUGAGCAUUCUAUGCAACCCUUUCACUAAACAGAGUUGCAAUGAUGCUUCCACAUACCUAUUUUGGGACAGUUACCAUCCCUCUGAGAAAGCCUAUCAAUUGAUCACACAUAUGGUCUUUGAUCAUAAAAUAAACAACUUUUUUUAAUUAUUUGUGUUGUGAAUAAGCAGCCUAUGUGUUGAGAACUUUAAACAUUAAAAUUAAAUGAUAUUUAUUGGUUAUCAUUGGAAAA